GCUUUGAGUAAUUUCCUGUUUGAGUUGUAGGACAAAGCACAUCAAUCACCGGUGAUAUUUUAUGAAAUAGGUUUAGAAAUAAGCUCUCUUGGAAUGUCAGGAAAAUUAUCAUUCAGAAAGAGAGGUUUCUCUAACUAAUAACACAGUACCCAGACAGUAGCAUUCUUCAAACUGGAUUCCUUAGAGAAAAUACAAAAUGGAUGGUGUAGUUGAUGCAGAUAAGAAAGACAAUGAGGAAUUGUCAGAGAAUUUCCAGGAACAAGUUCUGACACCUGCCAAUGAUGUUCUGAAAUCUUUAGAAGAUGUUCAAAAACAUCCAGAAAAUGCUGCCAGCAAGGGCGUCAGAGGCAGUGUAAGCAUUGAUAUAGAACGUGGAUCAAAAGGGAGAUUAAAUGUGUGUCUUGACAAUCAAAUCAAAGACUUGCAUUCUGCUGGUUGUUCUAAAAGAAGAGAUCAUGUUAUACAGAUAGAUUUUGGAGAAUCCUCUGCAUUUGAAAUCAGAGAGACGUUGCUUACUGCUAAAGAAAAGGAGAGUUCUGAUGAAUGUGAUGAUGAUCUUGAGGGAAAACCACAUGCUUUAGAAAAUAUCAUUGACAAAGUCAAGAGUGAUGACAUGAUACAGGAUCAUGAUGAGAUGUCACAAAGUCCAGAGGAGCCAGGGGAAGCAGAAAGUCAGCAUGAGAAGCAUGAAACAGGAAGCAGCGUUCCCGUGGACCUUCAGAAAAAUGCUGUAAAUGUUAAAACAUCGGCAGAGACAAGCAAUAAAAAACGAACUAUAAACAUGAUAGUGAGCGACAUCCUGAAGAGUAAAGAAACAAAUGAUAAGGAAAAAGCAGAUGAUCUGAAUAGUAAAGAAGGUUCAGGUGUCAUAGACACAAGGAAAGAGAGUCAGCCAAAAAAGAGAAGAAAAGCUAAAAAUCCUGUGAACAUAGCACACAAUGAAGACGGUCAAUGUGUGGAAGAAGAGGAGGAAGAGGAGGAGAGUUUUAAAUGUGAGAUAUGUUUGUUGAAAUUCAGCAGACAGAUUGAUCUGGCAGAUCAUUAUAUGAUGCAUAAAGAUGACGGAGAUUUUGGGUUCGUGUAUAAUGGAAUGGCAUUCGAGACCACUGCAGAUCAGCAGGACUUUAUAGAAUCUUAUGUUUAUAGCAAAUUAAAGGGAAGGUCUUCAGUCGAGGAAGAUGGAUCUGUGACAUUUAAUCACAACAUUUCGGAGAAUGAAGGAAUUAGUGAAUAUUUCAAUCAGUCAGAUAUGGGAGAGGGGUCGGAACUUGUCAAGACUGACAGUGAAAACCCGCUUCAGUGUGACUACUGCGACAAAGCAUUCAGCAGCACACUACUCCUAAAGCGACAUGUCAGUGUUCAUACUGGUGAGAGACCUUACAAAUGCGAUGUCUGCGGAAAGACCUUUAAUCUACCUCAUCAUCUGAAAACUCACGCCAGGAUUCACACCAACGUCAGACCGUACAAGUGUGAGGUCUGUGGAAGGGCAUUUAAUGAGAGCUCUAGUCUCAAAAGGCACACCAGAAUCCAUGCAGAGGAACGUCCUUACAUUUACGUUUGCGACGUUUGUGGAAAGACAUUCAAUGAACCACAUAAUCUUAGGACUCAUCUCCGGAUUCAUUCGGAUGUGAAGCCCUAUACUUGUGGAGUGUGCAAAAAAGCGUUUAUCCGUCAGCAGACACUGAAGAACCACAUGCGGAUUCAUACGGAUGAAAGACCGUACAAAUGUGAAGUGUGUGAAAAGGCCUUCAAAGAACUGCAUCAUCUGAAAAUUCAUGUUCGCAUUCAUACAGACAUCCGGCCAUACAAGUGCGACAUUUGUGAAAAGACCUUUAAUGAAAGGUCCAGCCUAAAGAGGCAUAUUCGGAUUCAUACUGGCGAAAAGCCGUACAAGUGUACUCUCUGUGACAAGGCAUUUAAUCACAAUGAGAGUCUAAAAAUCCACUACCGCCACCACACUGGGGAGAGGCCGUUCAAAUGUGAAAUCUGUGAUAAAACAUUCACAGAUCCCAAGAAUUACAAGAGCCACCAGAAAAUUCACUCCUAUGACAUGAAAUUCAAAUGUGAUUCAUGUGACAAAUCCUUUGCAGAGGAAUCUAGGCUGUGGCAACAUAUGAGAAUCCACACGGGUGAUCUGCCAUUUAAAUGUAUGAUCUGCAGCAAAGCUUUCAACCAGAGCUCCAGCUUGAAGAGGCAUUUGAGAACGAUACAUCCGGGGAUCGACCUUGCCGAUAGGGAUCUGUUCUCCUCUAAUCCAGAUGAAAUGGAUGAAAUGAUGGAUAGUCCAGAUGAGGACUUCGAGGAGGAGGAGGAGGAAUCUUUAGAUGAUUUGACUGGACCCUCUGAUGUCAUCAAUGAGCCACCUGAAACUUCCACCUCAUUUCAUAUUAUUGCAGAAAAAGCAUGAUAAGUUAGAAGUACAUGUCUAUGGUGAUUAUUUGUUGUAGAUGCGUAUCAUUAUUCAAAAAGUUUAGAAUAUGAGUGUUGUGAUAUAUGUACUAAGCUUUACUGUAUUAAACACAAUUCUUUUUAAUGUGAAUUGUGGAAACUUGUAACCCCUUUUUCUGAAAUAAUGCCACGAUUCAAUACUUUCAAUGCAAUACAAUGAAGAAACCAAUAAUAACAUUGAAGAAAACUUUUAUUACCAAGAUUAACAUUCAUAAUUUUAAAAGCGAAAUGUUUCCAAAUUGCCAAACAGUAAGAUGCGUGUUGGAUCUGUAGUUUAAACUGAUAAAGUUCAUCAUUAUUAAGACUCAAGGCAAACAACAGUCUGAAUGUUAUUCGAUGUUAUUUUGUCCCUCAUGCAGGUAAAAAUAAUCAUUACAGGCCGAACCUGAUGUAUUUUACUGAACCAGUUUGUAAUAAAUGUAUUGAACCGAAAAUCAAGGCAAUGAAUCAAUCAUUGAAUUGAGGGUUUAUUAUUGAACAGUAUCGAUAUUUCGGUGAAUCGUUUCAGCCCUAGUAUUUCUGAAUGAAGAAAAUGUUUUGCUAUGUUGUAUAGAAGACAGAAUUGUUUAUAUCUUUCAUUCUAGGUCAAAUGUAGCAAUCGCUGGGACAGAGUGCAUGUACAUGUAUGAUGUAACUAGGCAUAUAACUAUGGAAAUCUGUCACUCGUUUACUGUUUUGAUAAAUUAUCCUUAUUUAUGGCUGAAGUGUGGCUAGCCAGUAGUUUUGUAAGAUAGGAAUAGAUUUUUGUGAGAUCGGUAAGUGCUGUUGGUGUGUGUAUAAGGAAAGUUUUCAUUGCUUACACCAAGACUUCAAGAAUGUUUCUAUAAGAAACAAAAAGAGUUUGUAUACACAUGAUUAACUUUGUCUUGCCAAAUUAUUUUAUUUUUUUCAACAAGUGUUUUAAUUACAUGUAACAUCUAAGCACAGGGGCUUCUUAUCCAUUUUGUUCUCAAUCUAUAUAUAAAUAUCGAAGUGGAAAUAUUCCCUGCUUGUUAGGUUGUCUACGCAUGUGACAAAACAAUGGAUGUCAUUUCAUUCACUGCCAAGUUGAUUUACCAAUGUGCCAUGUUUACUAGAUAAGUACUGAAGUUAAGGGCAUGCCACCAUGUGAUGAAUUCUCCCCCCCCCCCCCCCCCCCCCCCGAACUUGUAUAUCGGGCCAAGAUGCUCUCUCUCCCUCUCCCUUUCUCUCUCUCUCUUUGCAGAUCACACAUUCCAUCAUCAAAAGUGCAUAUUUAAAAUGGCUUAGUGGUUGAAAAGGAAAAAUGCUUUUUGGCCUUGUAUGAAAUUGGGACUUAGUAGCAUUAUGUAUAGAGAGAGGGGGCUGAUAAAACAUGUAAAGUGAGGACAAUUUUUAACUGUUUGAUCUGCAUUGUGUGGACAGACAUGCACUAUGAGGACAAAAAUUCUGUCCUUUAGGCCAAUUCAACUUAAUUAGUAGAUUAUCAUCCGGGGUCACACAUAAAAUGGGGCGGGUGGGAGGAUUUUAUUUUUUGAUUUUUAUUUCCCCGAGAAAAAAAUUAAUAAUGACAAAAGGCACACAAAGUGUUAAUCAAGUUAACAUUCAAAGAAUCCUUGGUAGAAGAUAUAAAACCAACAUUCUGUGACUUUAAUCAGUCACUCAUGUCAAUGGGAAGAAAGUUUGUUUGAAAUCAUAAUUUUUGCAAAAAAAAAAAAAAAAUCGGGAUGGGUCCUUUUUAGAGGGGCGGGCGGGUAUGAUAAUCUAUCAAUUAAUUUUAAUUGGCCAUAGUUAUGUUCCCAUAAAUGUGACCCGCAGAAUGUGAAAGGUAUAGAUAUUAAAUGCGGAAGGUAUAGACAUUAGAUUAGAGGGGAAUAGUGGUGUGUGGAUGUGUCUGUACCGAAUUCACUUGUUAAAAAAAAUCUUUUUUUCACAAUUUAAAAGAGGGUAUUGGAAAAACUUUUUAUAGGUGUUCCUACCACUACCCAAGAUAUUUCCUUUUUUACCUUUACAUGAACGUGUUUGACCUCCCUAGACAUUGUAAGGAUGUCCUCACUGAACAGGUUUUGUGAGGGAGAGAGGAAUGCAGGCCUGAUAUUUUUCUUUUAUACAUAUAGAGAGUGAGAGCACAUCAGCAUAUCAGUUAUACAUUUGUAAGCUAUUGUUGUAUUUAUAUUAGAUUCACUGUACCUUUUGUAAAAUUUCAAAAACAGGUAGCAUCAAAUGAAGGAAACUGUUGUAAUCAAAUAUACUUAAGGCAAUUAAAAAAUUGAGAUUUAGUGUAGUA